AUGGCCAUGUAUGAUCCAGUGAUGUUUCGUAACCAUCUUCGAAUGUCAGUUUCUGCAUUCGAAACUUUACUAUUGAAAGUCGGAUCUCAAUUGCAAAAGUGUCCUACUAGAACCGAUAUAAUUAAACCAUCCGAGAAAUUAAUUGUUACUUUGAGAUAUCUUGCUACAGGUGAGUCUUUCACAUCUCUGUCACGUCAAUUCCGAAUGGGAAUAAAAACUAUACAAGUUUUUAUUCCUGAAACAUUAAUGAUUCUGUGGACAACAUUGCAACCUGAAGUACUUGUUUUACCAAACGCUACAGGUGAUUGGAUGGAGACAAUUAAUGAUUUUAAAGAAAAAUGGCAGUUCCCUAACUGUUACGGAGCUAUGGAUGGAAAACAUGUUUUAAUGCAGGGACAACCUGAUACUGGAUCGGAUUACUACAACUACAAACACUUCCACAGCAUUGUUCUUCUAGCAAUGUGCAAUGCCAACUACAUGUUCACAAUGGUGGAUGUUGGAGGUAAAGGUCGUCAAAGUGAUGGAGGUGUUUUUAAAAAUUCUACAUUUUUCCAAGCACUCAGAGAAAAUCGGUUGAAUAUACCACCUCCAAUGCCUCUAUAUGCUGAUGGUCCUAAUAUGCCACUAGUCUUCAUUGCUGACGCUGCGUUUGAGAAUGAUUUACAUUGUUUAACACCGUACAAAGGAGCGACGACUGGAAAUCUGUCAAUCGACAAAAAUAUUUUUAAUUACAGACUAAGUAGAGCUCGUCGAACAAUUGAGAAUGCAUUUGGUAUUUUAGUUGCGGUUUGGAGAAUCUUCCGUACACCAAUCAUGGCUAAUUUGAGUGUGGUAAAAUUGAUUGUACUGGCAACAGUGUGUUUGCACAAUUUUAUAAUAAAAGAAGAGAAAAAGUUACCACAAGACAUGCGACAUUAUUGUCCCGUAAAUAUCGACGAACAAAUCAGUAGUGAAAUUGACAAUAGUGCUUUGCAGCCUUUAGUUAUACCUCAAUCGGCGGCUGCUAAAAAGAAUUUGGCUAAAAAUAUAAAAAAUCAUUUUAAAGAUUAUUUUAUGGGUCCAGGGAAAGUGUCAUGGCAGGAAAGAGCUGUUUACGAAGAGUAA